ACGGAAGACGGAACCGGAGCCGGGCGCGCGGACGGCGAACGCGGGUCCUGAGAGAGCCGAAGAUGGCAGUGAAUGUGUACUCAACGUCAGUCACCAGUGAUAACCUAAGUCGACAUGACAUGCUGGCUUGGAUCAAUGAAUCUCUGCAGUUGAAUCUGACAAAGAUAGAACAGCUGUGUUCAGGGGCUGCAUACUGUCAGUUUAUGGACAUGCUCUUCCCUGGAUCCAUUGCCUUGAAGAAAGUGAAAUUCCAGGCUAAGCUAGAACAUGAAUAUAUCCAGAACUUCAAAAUACUACAAGCAGGCUUCAAGAGGAUGGGCGUUGACAAAAUAAUUCCUGUGGAUAAAUUAGUAAAAGGAAAAUUUCAGGACAAUUUUGAAUUUGUUCAAUGGUUCAAGAAGUUUUUUGAUGCAAAUUAUGAUGGAAAAGAGUAUGAUCCUGUAGCUGCCAGACAAGGUCAAGAAACUGCAGUGGCUCCUUCUCUUGUUGCUCCAGCUUUGAGUAAACCGAAGAAACCUCUCGGCUCCAGUACUGCAGCCCCACAGAGACCCAUUGCAACACAGAGGACUGCUGCAGCUCCUAAGGCUGGCCCCGGGAUGGUACGAAAGAAUCCUGGUGUGGGCAAUGGAGAUGAUGAAGCAGCUGAAUUGAUGCAGCAGGUCAAAGUAUUGAAGCUUACUGUUGAAGACUUGGAGAAGGAGAGAGACUUCUACUUCGGAAAGCUAAGGAACAUUGAACUGAUUUGCCAGGAGAAUGAGGGGGAAAAUGACCCUGUACUGCAGAGGAUUGUAGAUAUUCUUUAUGCCACAGAUGAAGGCUUUGUGAUACCUGAUGAAGGGGGCCCACAGGAGGAACAAGAAGAGUAUUAAGCAGCCUGGACCAGCAGAGCAACAUCCGAAGUCUUCACUCCAAAUCAUGUGCUUAACUGUUAAUACUCCCUUUUAUUAAUCUUAGAGGAUUCACUGGUUUCUUUUCAUAAGCAAAAAGUACCUCUUCUUCAAAGUGCACUUUGCAGAAGUCUCACCUUUUCCGAUGAGUUUGAGUUAGGAGCUUUUGCCUUGUAGCAGAGCAGUAUUAACAUCUAGUUGGUUUACCAGGGGAACAAGAGGCCAACCAUGGGGCUCUUCAUGUGGAUGCUGGUCACACUGACUGAUGGAGAAGGGGGUUUAUAAUACAAGAGGUGACAGCCUCAGAAGUGUAAAGACUGAAUUGAAUUCUAAGCUAAUGUGAAAUUCUGGCAGAGAACGUUUUAAUAAAUAAAUGCCUUAAGAGUA